GAAAGGACAGUGCUCUGUAAGCACCUCGACGGCAAAGCUCUCUUUACAGCCAUGCUGCGCCUCUAUGCUGCCAUCCACAGGGAGAUGCGAGAGUCUCUCCUGCUGGAACAAAAAGAAGAAUCAGCCGAGGAAUUUCGCGAGCAAAAGAAGGCGCAAGCGAAACCCUUCAGAAGAGCAGAAGAAAAAGCCGAAGACGGCACCUGGCUCGAGGGGCCCUAGAAUAAAAUUCCAGGGUGAAGUACAAAUGAAGAACUUCUUUGCGCCCCUGAGGACAACAGGAAUGGACGUGGAGGCGACAGCCAACAAGUCGGGAGAACAGCAGCCAUCGGACAAGUCAGUGUAAUGGACCAGAAGGCAACUUACCAGAUAUUUGUGAUCAUUUUACUUCUGAGCCACAUAACACAAGCAGAGAGACGUAACUUGGGACUUUUAGAGGGGCUGGUGAAGUUCGUUCAAGAAGGAACACGUCAUUUCCAGGAGGAACCACAAGAUGCAGCAACGGUUCUCCCAGAGUAUGAUUUUAUCAUCGUGGGCGCCGGGUCAGCUGGUAGCGUCGUGGCUAAUCGACUGUCCAGAAACCCAGAUUGGAAUGUGCUUCUUAUAGAGGCAGGCCGUCCCGAAAACUAUGUAAUGGACAUACCAAUUAUGGCUACAUUUUUUCAGUUUAGUGACGCAAAUUGGAAAUACAAAAUGGAACCAUCUAGCACUGUGUGUCUAGGUAUGGAAAACAGGCAGUGCACAUGUCCACGUGGGAAAGUUGUUGGGGGUAGCAGUGUUGUAAAUUUCAUGAUCUAUACUCGAGGAAACAAAAGAGACUACAACAACUGGGAAAAACUAGGGAAUUCUGGCUGGGGAUACAAAGAUGUACUACCCUACUUCCUUGAGAUUGAGGAAAUGACUAUUCCAGAACUGACUAAAGACACCCGGUUUCAUUCCACUAGGGGCGAAGUGACCAUCAGCUACGCGCCAUUCCACACCCCUCUUGCUGACGCAUUCGUGGAAGGAGGAAGGGAACUGGGACACAGGAUAGUGGAUUAUAACGGCGAAACACAGACAGGAUUUAGUCUCUUGCAAACUACCAAAAGGAAUGGUACCCGUUGGAGUGCUUCCAGAGCGUUUCUGCAUCCCAUGAGAGACCGGAACAAUUUUCAUUUGAAGAAGAGAAGUCAAGUGACCAAGAUUCUCAUCGAUCCAAGCACGAAGACUGCGUACGGCGUGGAGUUCGUCCAGAACAAAAAGAAAUACGUAGUCCGUGCUAAGAAGGAAGUAAUUCUGUCAGCAGGAGCUGUUAAUUCGCCACAACUCUUGAUGCUGUCCGGUGUAGGACCAAAGCAGCACCUCACGGCACUCAAUAUUCCCGUCAUAGAGGAUUUGAGCGUUGGAUAUAAUCUUAUGGACCAUCCCGGAUCACUCGGUUUGACUUUCACUGUGAACCAGUCGGUAGGCUUAAUUUUAAAUGAAAUGCUGAAUGACGGUUCAAGUUUGGUUGAGUAUUUAAAUUAUCAUAAGGGCCCCUUUUCUGUUCCUGCAGGAUGCGAAGGAAUAGCUUUCAUUGACACGAAAAAUCCAAGUGAUGUUGACGGUGACCCUGAUUUGGAGAUCCUUUUUUUCGGGGCUAGUCUUUUAUCUGAAAAAUCAUUAUACAAAACGUUAGGCAUUAGAGAAGAUAUUUAUAAGACCGUUUACGAACCUGUGGAAGAUACUCAUAGCUGGUCAGGAGUUCCAUUAACAUUGAAACCGAAAAGUAGAGGCAGAAUAAUGUUGAAAUCUGCAAACCCUUUCCACAAGCCUCUAAUUUAUUACGAUCUUUUUGAAGAUCCCCAAGAUUUAGAGAUGCAGCUUCUUGGAAUUAAGAAAAUUAUAGAUCUCAGUAACACUAAAGCGUUUCAAAAAUAUGGCUCAAAGGUCCAUAAUUAUCCAAUACCUGACUGCAAACAUUUGGAAUUUGGGUCGGACGAAUAUUGGAGAUGUGUUAUCAGGCAUUUAGCAGUCGGAAUAUGGCACUUGAGUGGAACAUGCAAGAUGGGCCCCAUUUCUGACCAAUCUUCAGUCGUUGACGAGAGGCUGAGGGUAUACGGUAUAAACAGGUUGAGAGUAAUAGAUGCCUCCAUCAUGCCAGUGGUGCCAGCGGCCCACACGAACGUCCCAAGUAUGAUGUUAGGAGCUAAAGGGGCGGAUAUGGUGAUCCAGGAUUGGAAAACCGGAUACCUUAAAAACUAAUCAUUGUUAGCUUUGUCUUGAAAUUAUGAUUUACUACUCACUGUAUAAGGUCUUAACAUUGACGAUGAUCUGAAUAUUUUAUUGACAGAAUGGCGUGGUACUUGGCAGUAUUGGUGAUAUUUCAAAUAUCCUCGGUGUCUCCAUCUAGUAGGCAAAGUGAUUACUAAGUUCUCCUGCCGAUGUUAUGGUGUGCUGUAUCCAGUGUUGCAGGAAAAAGCAGCUGGAACUCAAAGGAAGAUCUUAAAGGGUUGAUAUAUUUCUCAGGGACUUCACGCAGGCAUCUGUUCUUCUGCAUGAUAAGAAAGCAACAACAUAUUGUAAGAAAACUUUAAUUCAACAUAAAGCAGAAUAACUAAUAAUUCUGUCAGAUGAAAAUAAAAUUAAUAUACAUUCUU